CCUCUCACCGCGGUCAACUCCGGGAGAAAAUGUCUGGAAUUCCGUUUCCGCUUUAGGGAGUGGACAGAUUUCUUUUUACUUCAUCCCCCCAGUUCGCUCGGUUCUGUCCCGGACUAACGACGAUGGCCUCUUCGCCUCAGAAGUCUCCGUCCUCCCCCAAGUCCCCGACGCCCAAGUCCCCGUCCUCCCGGAAGAAGGACGACUCCUUCCUGGGGAAACUUGGAGGAACUUUGGCGAGAAGGAAAAAGGCGAAAGAAGUGUCUGAGCUUCAGGAGGAAGGAAUCAACGCCAUCAACCUUCCUCUCAGCCCUUCACACUAUGAGCUGGACCCUGAAGACACCAUGUUGGAGGAGAAUGAAGUUCGCACUAUGGUCGACCCCAACUCCAAGAACGACCGAAAACUGCAGGAGCUCAUGAAGGUGUUGAUCGACUGGAUCAACGAUGUUCUGGUGGGAGAGAGGAUCAUCGUGAAGGAUCUGGCCGAGGAUCUGUACGACGGGCAGGUUCUGCAGAAACUGUUCGAAAAGCUGGAAGGUGAGAAGCUGAACGUGGCCGAGGUGACCCAGUCGGAGAUCGCCCAGAAACAGAAGCUGCAGACGGUUUUAGAGCGAAUCAACGACGAGCUCAAACUCUCCACCAGAAACAUUCGCUGGAACGUCGACUCGGUUCAUGCUAAGAGCAUAGUUGCCAUUCUCCACCUGCUGGUGGCGCUGUCGCAACACUUCAGAGCACCGAUCAGAUUGCCCGACCACGUUUCGAUCCAAGUGGUGGUCGUUCAGAAGCGAGAGGGAAUCCUUCAGUCCAGACAGAUUCAGGAGGAGAUCACAGGAAACACAGAGGCCUUCUCUGGCAGACAUGAGCGUGACGCCUUCGACACCCUGUUCGACCACGCGCCAGAUAAACUCAAUGUCGUGAAGAAGACAUUGAUCACAUUUGUGAACAAACAUCUGAACAAGCUCAACCUCGAGGUGUCGGAACUGGACACACAGUUCGCAGACGGGGUUUACCUGGUGCUGCUGAUGGGGCUGCUGGAGGGAUACUUUGUGCCGCUCUACAACUUCUUCCUCACACCAGAGAAUUUUGACCAAAAGGUCCACAACGUGUCCUUCUCCUUCGAGCUGAUGCAGGACGGAGGUCUGGAGAAACCAAAGCCCCGACCAGAGGACAUUGUGAACUGUGACCUGAAGUCCACACUGCGCGUCCUCUACAACCUCUUCACCAGGUACAGGAACGUGGACUGAGCUCCACACGCAGCACGAGCAAAGAGCUUUUUCCUCCCUGGACCACAUGUUUAUCAAACCUGUUUGUUUUUCACCUUCUGCUUGUUGGAGAAAUGUGUUUUUUUAUCCGAACGCAUGCGUCACAUUUUGUAUCUGCUGAACGAUGCACCACUCGAACCUGAAUCCUGCAGAGACAUUCAGCUUCUGGCUUUUUAUGUACAAACUGGGCAUUUUCUGAACAGUCCUGCAGAAAAACGAUCAACUCAAUGAAACGGACAUUAUUAACGUUGAUUUAAAUCCAGUUUCGCGUCCGACUCGUGUUUAGAAACGUUAUAAACACGCCCACUCGCUCACUGGGAAUGUUGUGAUCAUGCAAGAGGACACGACGGAUGAUCUCUGUGGUGGGAAGCUCCGUGUUCCUGUUCACAGCAGAUCCACACAACCUAAAGCUCCCGUCGUCAGAUAUUCUUAUUCUUCUAAAGGAGAGAAUUUGUAAUGAACGCUACUUUUUUUAAUUCAGAAAAAAAACAAAAACGUUUCCUUGUAUUUAUUCUUCGUUCUAACUUCCUCUCUCUCUCUCUGCUCCUGUUUGUGUUUGUUGAACUCGUCUUCUCUCCUCUCGUCUUAACGCUCCACGUCUUCUUUUUUUGAUCGUGUGGAAACAUUUGACCAAAGCUGUUUUAUAUUCACACUCUAAAACCUUCAUAAAGGCUUGUUUUUGUAUUAUGUGCUGUCUUAUUCUAAAAGGAAAUACAUGAGCAUCGUAUAAUCACUCCGCUGCUUGGUACGUUAUAUACGUUUAUAUUUUUAAUACUCAUUGGAUCUCACUCAUUUCUGCAGGAUAAAUAAAAUGUGACUGAAUAUACAGUGUGUCCUGCAGCAUUGUGUGCGUUGCUGUUUGUGUGAACUUGAGGUUCAGGCUGACGACAUCAUGCUUCUAUUUAAGUUUUAAUGCAUCACGUUCAAUAAAUCAUUCAGCUCCUCAA